AUGCAAGCGAAGUUCGGUCAAAUCCUCUGCUCGGCGCCGACACACGUUGCGGUUGACGAUUUUGCAAACCGCCUUGACCAGAUCACCCGCUCUAUUGCCGAGGAGUACAAUAAGGUUAAGAAAGCAGAUGAUCCAAGUCGUCUACGCCAUCGGUUCAUGCUUCGCGUCUUCACGUCCAACAAUGAGCUUCGGGCUCUCAGGGCCCUCUUGGAGAAGCCCGAUGCUAUUGAUGCUGCUGGCAAAACGGGCUACCGGUCUCCUGACUCCCGACUCCUAUUAGAAGCUGCCUCUAUCUUUAGCCUACUGGUUCUUAGUUUUACUCUAUUUAAAGGCAGUACCUCCUUUAUAUCCUAA